ACGUCAAGCGGUCUUGACUGCCGUAAAAACCUCAAUAGAAAAAGAAAGGCGAAAGUUAGCGAGACGACCCGAGACAAAGCGUCCGCUCGACGGAGUUUAUCCGCGUUAAAACCUUCAAAAAUGUUGAAAGUGUUGGUGAAGGAGCGGCUGUUGGCGGCAGCCGACGAAAUAUUCGCGCUGUUCGAAAGAACGAUAACGUCGUACGAGGAGGAACUUUCUCGAACGAGAGAGGAGAAGGAGCGACAUCGACAACAAAUGGAAGCUGUGGGCAAAACACACGUCAUGUUACGCGUUGAAGACGUCCAGCAGCUGAUUGGUCGCCAAGAAGGACGUCCCCUUCUGCUACAGCGAGGGAGCUCCACGCUGGAGCAGGAAGCCUCACAGUCCUCCCACGUUAAAGAGGAGGGGGAGGAACUCUGGACCACUCGGGAGGGAGAGUGUCUUCGAGGGCAGGAGGAGGCUGAGCCCACCAAGUUUCCACUGACUGUAUUCUCUGUGAAGACUGAAGAGCAUGAAGACAAACCACCUGAGUCCUCACAGCUUCAUCACAGUCCAGGUGAGGAGAAGAUAGAGGUGGAGCCUUCAAGUAGCAGCUCAACACAACACUCUGUGGACCACUGUGGAGGAUCACAAGCGGACAACUUUUUAGCUCCACUGUCAGAUAUUGACGACACAAGGUCACACUGUCCUGAAGAUGAAGACCGGGAGAUUUUGAGCAGCGAUACAGACUCUGAAGGUGAUAUGUGGACUUAUUCUGACAACAAACACUCUGAAUCCUCUGAAAAGAAGACAGUUUUUUCCAUAACGGAAGCCGUAAAGGAAGCCGUCUGGUCCUAUUUACCGGGCCUGCCUGAUGACCUGCUGACUAUUAUACUCGACGAGGCCGGCGUGAAGUGCGUGGAGGACCUCCGCUUGGUGGAGGAGAAAGAUCUGCUCAAAUAUCUGCAACCGACUCAGUGUCGGAAACUGCUGGACGGCCUCAAGCGAGGCUUUUUCCCACUUCAUCUGCAGCCGGUCUCUCCAAGAACGCCAACAUUUUCCAGCACCCUUUCACACUCGUCAGGCAGUUCGAGCUCUUCCAGUUCGCUGGCAGGGCCUUGCAGACCCUGGCAUGCAGACUUCCGGGUGGACUGGGACCAGAUGCCGCCGGCGAUCCGGAGUGCGGUGGAAAAUGAAAGAAGACCGUCGGCGCAGGACCGAAAAGCCAUGGUGACCAUGGUGGUGGACCAGAUGAUGCGGCACGACCGCAACCCCACCAGAGCCAUGUGUCACAGCGUCAUCCGGGGCAUCGUGAGGAACUUCCCCAAGAGCUUUGCCGACGUGGGAAGGCACGGGGACCUGGUGGGAGACGGCUGCCACUCCCUGCUUCAGCAGAUCAAAACAAGAGUGGAGUACAUGAACAGAAAUAAUACUCUGGCACGGCGACGCAGGCAGAAAAGGCAGCGGGCGGGCGUGUCGGCGGAGGCGAGAACGUUUGCAAGGAGACCGACUGAUCAAUACGGAUGUGUGAGGUGGUGUCCUGUGGAGCUCCCAGAGGGAGAGACCGAAGAAACGUUGGACGCCGUCAAACGGCUUCUUCGUGACAUUCACUCGGCGGAAGGGAUGAGCGCGGCCGAGAGAGCGGCGCCUCUGAUGGAGAAGACCUACGUCAUCCUGCGUCGGUACCUCAAUGGCACCCCUGCGCCGACGAUGGCGGACGUCAAGGAAGAAUGGCCCUUUCUUUUCUCCCUCAGAGGUUUUUACUCCCAUUUUUAUCUGCUGACUGACAUCCGCAUCCUCUCAAAGUUGCAAGAGGCCCUGUGCCACAAAGGCAGCACGCUUCUGCGCUUCUGCCAACAAUACCACCAUCAGGGGAUCAAGGAGGUCCUGUCACGGUUCCAGCCGGAGACUUGCGACAAGACCGCGUGUGUCCUCCUGCUCCUGCUGGCGUAUUUUGCCGAGCCCGCUGCAGCCAUCAUGCUCCAGACCGACAUGUGCAUCACCGCUGCUGAUGUGCAGGCAAUGGAGGAGCUACCAAGCACACCUUGCUUGGUAGUCCAAGGGGACGUUCUGAAGCCGUCGGCGUGGAUGCUCUGCGUUGACCGACGAGUGGUGAUGGGCCCGCACUCCAACCUCCUUCACGGGGUCGCUUCGGUCUUUGCCAGCUACUACAUCUUCAACUUGGAGUACCCCGUGGACGGCUCGUGCACCCUGGAGUUCAUCCAAAGGUGCUUCUUGGGCAUCAACCCAGAAAAAGGUGCAAAGUCCCGGAAAAGACGCGCCGGCAGCAUGAACGCACAAAUCAGCUCCCUUUUCCGGAAGCUGCUGGAUUUUGAAUGGUCAGCAUGAAAGGAUGCGGUCCCUGGUCAGG